UCCGCCGGCGGUGAUCGGCAGCGGAGGAUGCAGUGGAUCAUGAGGAUCUCCGGUUUCUUCGCCGCCGCUUUGCUCACCAUUAUCCUAUUCCCAUCCCUUCAAUCCUUUCCCCCCGCCGAAGCCAUCCGAUCGCCUCGCCGGUUCGCCUCGCCGGACCGGUUCUCAUUCCGGCAAGCCCCGGCGUUCCGCAAUGCCGCCGAAUGCGGCGCUGGAAUCGACGAGAACACUACCAUCUGCGAGCCAUCUCUCGUCCAUAUCGCGAUAACCCUCGAUGAAGACUACCUCCGCGGCUCGAUCGCCGCCGUCCAUUCCGUACUCCAGCACGCCCUUUGCCCGGAGAGCAUCUUCUUCCACUUCCUCAUCUCCGAACCAAAGCUCGAAACCGUAGUCCGCUCCGCCUUCCCCGAUCUCCACUUCAAGGUCUACUACUUCGAUCCCGACCGCGUCCGCAAUCUCAUCUCCACCUCCGUUCGUUCCGCGCUCGAGCAACCCCUCAACUACGCCCGCAACUACCUCGCCGACCUCCUCGAGCCCUGCGUCCGCCGUGUCAUCUACCUCGACUCCGAUCUCAUCCUCGUCGACGACGUCGCCAAGCUCUGGCGCACAAGUCUCGGCUCACGCGCCAUCGGCGCACCCGAGUACUGCCACGCCAACUUCACCAAAUACUUCACCAAUCGCUUCUGGUCGGAUCCCCACCUCGCCGGAACCUUCUCCGGCCGCCGGCCGUGCUACUUCAACACCGGCGUGAUGGUCAUCGAUCUCCAUCAAUGGCGGAAAUCAGGGUUCACGAGAAGCAUCGAGAAGUGGAUGGAAAUUCAAAAGCUCGGCGGCACCGGCUCAGCCGGUCGGAUCUACGAGCUCGGUUCUCUUCCACCGUUCCUUCUCGUUUUCGCAGGACACGUGGCGCCCAUCGAGCACCGAUGGAACCAGCACGGUCUCGGCGGUGACAACGUGAAGGGCAGCUGCCGGGAUCUCCAUCCGGGGCCGGUCAGCCUCCUUCACUGGAGCGGCAGCGGCAAGCCUUGGGCUCGUCUCGAUUCCAACAACCCAUGCCCCCUAGACGCUUUGUGGGCCCCCUACGACCUGUACGGUCCCACCGCCAACUCCCGGUAACACCUCACAUUACCAUUAUUAUUAUUAUUAUUAUAAUUUUUUUUUGUUGUCUGAUUUUUUAUUUGUAAUUUUAUUUUUUUUAUUCCACUUUUUUUUUUUUCUA